ACAGCGGUGUCUCUGACAAGUCUCUCCGUCUCUCUCUUUCUUUCUUUGCAUCCACACGCGAGAGAGAGAGAGAGGGAAGAGAGAGAGAGAGAGAGAAACUUGAGAAGGAAAAGCCGAGGAGACGCAGCCACAGGCGAGAAAGUAAGGUUUUGGGUCUCCUUUAGCCGAGCAAAACAGUGCUCAGUGUGAUUUUGAAUCAGAGGAAUAGAAGAAAGGCUGGUAGGAGAUGGACUAUGAAAGCAACAGUUGGAUAUGGGAAGGGGUAUACUACUACCCACAUCUCUUUGGCGGUCUGAUGCUCACGGCGGCCUUGCUCGGCUUGUCCACCAGCUAUUUUGCCGGGGUUGGCGUGCCUUCGUUGCCCUUUUUCUGGUCUGAUUUCGGGAUUUUCCCCAAGAAGAAAUGUGGAAAGAAACGCAUUCGGGUUUACAUGGACGGGUGCUUUGAUCUCAUGCAUUAUGGCCACGCGAAUGCGUUGCGGCAAGCCAAGGCUUUGGGUGAUGAAUUGGUGGUGGGUGUUGUGAGCGAUGAGGAGAUAAUCGCCAAUAAAGGCCCGCCUGUUUUAUCCAUGGUAGAAAGGCUGGCCCUUGUUAGCGGGUUGAAAUGGGUGGAUGAAGUCAUAUCAAAUGCUCCAUAUGAAAUUACAGAGCAAUUCAUGAAUAGUCUCUUUAAUGAGCACAAGAUUGACUACAUUAUUCAUGGUGAUGAUCCUUGCCUGCUUCCGGAUGGAACUGAUGCUUAUGCCUUGGCAAAGAAAGCUGGCCGCUACAAGCAGAUCAAACGCACUGAAGGGGUCUCCAGCACAGACAUUGUAGGUAGAAUACUCUCUUCAGUGAGGGAUACAAAAGUUAAUCUGGAUUGUAACGGUACUUCUUUACAUGGAGAGCCUCAAAAGGGAAGUGAAUCUAAGGUUGCCCACGUAUCACAAUUUCUGCCGACAUCCCGAAGGAUUGUACAAUUCUCAAAUGGCAAGGGACCUGCACCAAAUGCUCGUGUUGUGUACAUUGAUGGGGCAUUUGAUCUCUUUCAUGCUGGCCACGUUGAGAUCCUCAAGAGUGCUAGGCAACUUGGAGAUUUUCUGCUUGUCGGUAUUCACACAGAUCAGACUGUGAGUGAACACAGGGGGAAUCAGUAUCCAAUUAUGCAUUUACAUGAACGUAGUCUUAGUGUGCUGGCUUCCCGUUACGUUGAUGAAGUUAUCAUUGGUGCACCUUGGGAAGUUACAAAUGAUAUGAUUAUAACUUUCAACAUCUCUUUGGUUGUGCAUGGGACAGUUGCUGAGAACUCCUUGUUGACUGCUGAAAGUGAUCCUUAUAAGGUUCCCAAGAGCAUGGGAAUUUUCCGGUUGCUUGAAAGCCCCAAAGAUAUAACCACGACUUCAGUAGCCCAAAGGAUAGUUGCCAAUCAUGAUGCGUACACGAAACGCAAUGCAAAGAAGGCUGCAAGUGAGAAGAAAUACUAUGUAGAGAAAAAGUAUGUAUCAGGAGAUUAGCUGCUGGACAGAUUUGAUCCCCCGCAGCCUAGUUCGAUACAGUUCAUCAUCCACAUUUAUCCCCUCAUAGAGUUACCUAUUGCUGUUCGAUACAUAGAGAAGUCCCAUACAUUUGCUUGAGGGACCGGAGAAGGAACGACAGGAGAAUGAAUACAUGCACGAGACUUGGAAGAAUUAUUUUUCUUUCCUUUCUUCACAUUUUUUGUGUUACUCUGAAUUUUUUUUUUCCCCGAACAUAUUAUUUUACUCUUAAUUGAAAUAGGGAUUCAAAUUCUAAAUUGUAUGACAAACUGAUCUAGCUCCUUUUGUAAACAUUGCUUUCACAUAGCCCUUCCCUUUAUUUAUAUGAUUUUUUGUCUAUGGCAUUUAGUU